UUUUUUCGGGAGUUGUAUCUCAAAUUCCAGACUUGCAUUGAGAUACAAAAUAUCGACAAAUGCUCAAGCUCAGUUUAUAAAGAGAAGAGAGAACAAGCAACCAUGGAGUCACCAUUGAUUCCAAACUCUGAGAAGAAGAGUGAUGGAGAUGGUGAAGAUGGAGGUCAUGUGGUGGGUGAGGUGAAGAAGCAGUUGUUCUUGGCUGGACCUCUCAUAGCUUCAAGUCUUCUGCAAAACAUCCUUCAAGUCAUUUCUACCAUGUUUGUUGGUCAUCUUGGAGAGCUUCCUCUCUCUGGUGCUUCCAUGGCCUUUUCCUUUGCUGGUGUCUCUGCCUUUGGCCUCUUGAUGGGAAUGGGAACUGCAUUGGAUACAUUGUGUGGGCAGUCAUAUGGAGCAAAGCAAUACCACAUGUUGGGUGUACACAUGCAAAGAGCCAUGCUUGUGCUUACUCUUGUUGGCAUUCCCCUCGCUGUCAUCUGGGCUUAUACAGGAGAAAUUCUUGCAGCAUUGGGGCAAGACCCAGAGAUAUCCGCACAAGCUGGAAUUUAUGCACGGUGGAUGAUUCCCGUUCUCUUUGCUUAUGGUCUCCUUCAAUGCCUUACUAGGUUCCUACAAACACAGAACAAUGUUGUUCCCAUGAUGAUAAGUUCUGGAAUCACCACUCUUCUUCACCUUUUAAUCUGUUGGCUUUUAGUAUUCAAAUCUGGGCUUGGCCACAAAGGUGCUGCUCUUGCAAUGUCUAUCUCUUAUUGGCUCAAUGUGAUUCUCUUGGUUCUCUACGUCAAAUUUUCACCCGCUUGCAAGAAGACGUGGACCGGUUUUUCAUCAGAAGCUUUGCGUGAUAUAUUUAACUUCAUCAAACUUGCUAUUCCAUCCGCUGUCAUGGUUUGCUUAGAAUUCUGGUCAUUUGAGAUGCUUGUCCUUCUUUCCGGUCUUCUUCCAAAUCCAAAGCUUGAAACUUCAGUAUUGUCAAUAAGUCUUAACACUGCCGCAAUGGUGUUCAUGAUUCCAUUUGGUCUUAGUUCUGCUAUAAGUACUCGUGUCUCAAAUGAACUCGGAGCUGGCCAUCCAAAGGCAGCUCGCUUAGCAAUAUGUGUCGUAGUAGCAUUGGCUGUGACUGAAGGCCUAAUUGUAGGAGCGACGAUGACCCUAGCUCGCAAUUUAUGGGGUCAUGCAUAUAGUGAUGAAGACGAAGUAGUAAAAUAUGUCGCCAUUAUGAUGCCAAUCCUAGCAAUCUCUAAUUUUGUGGAUGGCAUCCAAGCUGUUCUUGCAGGAACUGCGAGAGGAUGUGGUUGGCAAAACAUCGGUGCUUUGGUGAACCUUGGAGCAUACUACAUUUUCGGCAUUCCUUCUGCUAUUUUGUUAGCUUUUGUCUUCAAAAUUGGUGGAAAGGGUCUUUGGAUUGGAAUCAUAUCUGGUUUGUUUGUGCAAUUGGUGUCAUACUCAACCAUCACUAUAUGCACUGAUUGGGAGAAAGAGGCAAAGAAGGCAAGAGAAAGAGUUUAUAGUUCAACUCUUCCCAUUGAUCAAGUAUUUUAGGAUGAUUUGGUUGGAGAUAUGGUGACAUGCAAAUCCAAAUCCUAUAUUUUUAACAUUUUCAUAUUUGUGGAAUGUUCUACCUCAAAAUACAAUCUCAUGUGUAGAUACAAAAUAUUAAACUACACCAAAAUCUAGUGCAUAAUGAUUUAUUUCCAAACAAUCACCUUUUUAAUGUUGUCAUAGAUUGAAUUG